AUGGACGACAUACGCGACUACCUGAAAGAAAAGUUCCUUCCCGAGGAUGAUGCCACCACGGAAUGCAUCGCACGACAGUCCAAACGCUACGCCAUGGUAGAUGGGGAUCUAUAUCAGCACGACACGGACAGGGUCUUUCUCCGGUGCAUCUCUCAGGAAGUAGGCGGCGAGCUACUAGCCGACAUCCACAAGGGCGAGUGUGGGAGUCACUCAUCCUCUCGCACGCUGGUCGGGAAGGCCUUUCGGCACGUCUUCUACUGGCGUACAGCCCUUCAAGAUGCAGCCGAACUAGGCCUCGAUAUUUUGGGACCUUUCCCAAAAGCCAUCGGGGAUUAUGAAUGGUUGUACUUGGCGAUCGACAAGUUCACGAAGUGGCCCGAGGCAACUACAGUCGUGAAAGCCAACAAGAACUCGGCGCUCAAGUUCAUCAAUCCUAAUCGGAUCAUCACCGAUAAUGGAACCCAGUUCACCAGCAACCUCAAGUUGUGCUUCGCCUCCGUCGCUCAUCCUCGCAGCAACCAACAGGUGGAGCGAGCCAACGCAGAAAUUCUCGAAGGGAUAAAGACCUGGACCUACAACGAGCUCAAGAAGCAUUGGUCUAGAUGGAUAGAUGAACUCCCUGCGGUGGUCUGGGCAAAUCGCACCACCCCAAACCGAGCAACCGGGGAAAUACUAUUCCUUCUUGUGUAUGGCUCCGAAGUAGUCCUCCCUGCCGAAGUGACCCCGGGAAGCCCCCGCGUUAGGGCCUACCAGGAAGAAGAUAAAGAUCAUGGUGGCAACAAGAUGUUCUCUAUCUGGAGGAAGUUCGAUGCCGAGCGGCACUAA